AUGAGCGCUGGGUCGAGCGAAAGGUCAGUCGUGACUGAAAGGAGAUCUGGAGAGGUUCGUUCUCGUCACAGGACAGUAAAGAAAAUGCGUUUGUUUGGGUUUCUUCCCGUUUUCUUCGCCGCGGCGGUGCUCAGCGGUGUCGAUGGAGGGAGAGAAAAGAGAUACUUGUUUAUUAAUACGGAAGCGCCUAUUACACUCGGUUUUAUUCUCAACAUGCCCAUCUCCCUGGCCCUACCGACCCUGGCUUCUGUGAACGGCCGCUCCCUGCAGUUCCUGACGCUGGCAGAAGGGGAUGAGAUUCCCGACGACCUGCUGUGGGAGCCUGCCUACGAAGAGCAGUUGGGAAGGCUUAGUGCCUAUUUUGCUCAUCUCGAGCUUCCUACUCUGUCCUGCCAAGAGCGACUCCUUUGCGAAUUGGCUGCUGAUCCAGACAGUUUUUCGCCCAUCGGGGAGAUCUUCAUGAAGGAGCUGAGGCUCAACCAUGGCCCCGUGAAAACCACAUCAGACUCCCUCAUGUGGCGUUAUAUUUCCUCAGCAAGAGAAGGGUUUGGGUCAGUCAGUGGACAGUGUGCAGUCUCCUUCCCCAUUUGCCCAUACGCUCCAGACAGGAUUCUUAACAUGCCAGUUUUGAAGGUGUGGCAGUAUAUUUCCGAAAGGUUGAAUCUUCAGCUGGUAUGAGUUGGUAUUUUAAAUGGGUUUUGACUUUAUGAAGUGAUGUUGGAUGUCUUUAGAAAUUAUUUUUGAGUUAUAGAGUAAUUUAUUGAAUGGUUAAGAAUUGUGUUGAGUAUGUAGAGUAACAAUAGAUUUUUUUUUUUUUUUUCAUUGUCUGU